UUCCAGAGAAAAUGAUCCUUUAAACAGAACAUGGAAGGGCAUUGGACUAAAAUUAGUACAGUAACGUUAGGCUCCUUUAGUCCGUUAUUGGGCUAAUAGCCGUCUAGUAAAUGGUGCAAAACGCAUUUCCUCAUGGGUGGGUAUAAUUUGUGGAACGUUCCAAAAACUUCGUAAACAACGCAUACAACGUUGAAUAUCGGCAGAGUAAGAGACCAGGGUUCUGGGGAAAGGACAAUGACCUCGUUAGUGGCCUAUGCUGAUUCUGACCAGGAGGAUGAUGACGGAUCACUCCCUCAUCUUGCCAACUGUCCCAUGGAUGAUAUCAGGCAGUCCCAAGGAAACCAGAAAUGGUUGGAUUCUAAUUUCUACGGACCAUUAUUACCCAGUCCCCAUGACAAACAACUGGAAAUAGGACAAUGUGGUGAUGGUAGGACAGUGUCUGAACCUCACAGGGAGAUUUAUCCCCUUCCAUUGGGUCUCUCAGGGGUUGUGGAGAACAGCUCAAACUCAAAACCAUACACUGCUCCACAAUACUGUGUUAAUUUGGCCACAGCGAAGAGGCAUCAGGCUGCACCACCUGGUGUCUCGCCAUACAUUCCUAAGAGACAGAGGUUGGCCACACAAGGAACGAGAGAAGAACCAACCUCUUUGGAAACAAAUGAUAAGUCCACUGUCUCCAGGCUGCUGACAGAGGUCUCUGAGCGGGUGCGUCCGUACCUGGGGCCCAGGCCUGGCAGGGCAGCGGUGCCCAGGUGCAUGCAGCUCAGCCUCCAGGCCCACCAGGCUCCAAUCAACAUGAUCCAGUGGUGCCCAGUGCCCCAGCUCAGCCAUCUCCUACUGUCUGCCUCCAUGGACAAGACUGUCAAGAUUUGGGAUGGUGCAGAGAGUGGGCAGUGCCUGCAGGUAUACUCCUCCCACUCUGGGGCGGUGCGAGAUGCCUGUUGGUCCCCCUGUGGGCGACGCCUCCUCACCGGCUCCUUUGACAACACGGCCAUGGUGACGGACGUGGAGACAGGACAGCAGAUCGUGAAGGUGGGGAACCAGUUCAAGGUGAUGUGCUUGGCAGUGCAGCCCAACGAUCCUGAAGUGUUCCUGUGUGGGGGUUACAGCGCAGAGGUCAAGGCCUGGGAUGCCCGUACCUGCAAGGUGGAGAGGGUGUACAGGGCACGGAUCCAGCAGACUCUGGCCAUCCUGUUCCUGACCGGGGGCAGGGAGUUUGUGACCAGCAGUGACUCGGUCAGCCGGGACUCUGCCGAGCGCACGCUCAUUGCCUGGGACUUCCAAACCACCGCUAAGGUCUCCAAUCAGAUCUACCAUGAGCGGUACACGUGCCCCAGCCUAGCCCUUCACCCCCAGCAGGACUCCUUUGUAGCGCAGAGCAAUGGCAACUACAUGGCCCUAUUUUCUGCCCAGCGGCCAUACAGAAUGAACAAGAGGAGGCGGUAUGAAGGACACAAGGUUGAGGGCUAUGCGGUGAGGUGUGGCUUCUCUCCGGAUGGGUCCAUACUGGCCACGGGCAGCUCCACAGGCUCCGUCCACUUCUACGACCAGCAGAGUGCUCGGACGCUGCACACGCUGCUCGCACACCAGCAGGCAUGCAUGUGUGUGUCUCUGCACCCUGUGCUGCCCGCUGUGGUGGCAACGUGCGACUGGGGUGGCGAGCUCAGGAUCUGGCAGUGAUUGGCACAAAGAAGGGGAGGAAUUAUAACACCCAGACACUACAAACAUCCAGGCAUCCUUCCUAUCCGAGCUGCCGGAGAGAAAGGAAACUGCUCAGGAAUAUUUCCAUAAGGGCAAUUUACUCUUCAUACUGAAAUUCGCUUCCAUUCAAAUACAUACCUGUUGACCAAACUGCUGGCAGUUGUCUAUUGCUUAGUUUAUAUCAUAACUUCAAUCAAAUGUCAAGGCAAAAAUGUAAAAUGGACUUUUUUUGGUUGUUUUUUUGGUACCAUAGCUUACUCAGGAAUUAGUGUACAGGAUUCUUACUCGCAUUGUAAAUGAACGACGUGAUGACCCUGUUUGUCACAGCUAUAAUAAAAGUACUAACCUAUUCUA